UAUGCCAUAGAGAAUAUGCCAUAUCUUUGCAACCAAGUAAAGGCCGAUCUAUAAAUAGUCAAGCAUAUGUUACUAAUACACAUACACAUUAAACCUAAAGCGACUUAAAAACAAUGGCAGCAAAGGAGUGUUUCACCGAGCUAUCAGACAUCAAACCAUUCAAGACAUCAUGGAAAAUAAGAGUGAAGAUCGUCCACACAUGGAAACAGUUCACUACUUACACUGGAGAGACAAUCGAGAUGAUCUUGGCUGAUGUAGCGGGAAUACUAAUUCAUGCAACCAUUAAAAAACAACAGUUGAACAAGUUUCAACGACUAAUUGUUUUUGGAGAAUGGAGAGUCAUUGAAAACUUCCAACUCACUAGAGCAUUUUGGAAGUUUAGAGCAACCAAGCAUACAUACAAAAUGUCGAUAAUGAAUUCAACAAUCAUUACUCGAUGCCAGUCUUUGUCUAAUGAUUUUUAUGUUGAUCUUGCUGCAUUUGACAACAUACUCGCUGAUGAUGUUCUUAAUGAACACAUACUCAUUGGUAUUGAUUGUUGA